AUGAAGUGGAAUGUUGCAGGCGUUAUACAAUGCACGACAGUUCUCAAGGAUGCAAUGUUCGAGAACAUGACAUUUGAUGACUGGCAGAAGUCUACUGAUCCAAAGAUCCGUGGCACACUGAAUUUGCACAAUCUCUUCUCGGAGGAUGACUUGGCUUUCUUCGUGGGCUUGUCCUCCGUGGCAAGUGUCAUUGGUAAUAUGGGACAGACUAACUACUCUGCUGGAAAUGGGUUUAUCGACGGUCUCAUGGAGUGGCGUCGUGCCAAUGGCCUUUCUGGCGUGUCCAUCAACAUUGGUCUUGUUCCAGAUGCCAGUGGUCUGAGUGAUGUUGCUGAGGAUCAAGAACAACGUCGCCGCCGAUACAAGCAUCUGGAAGGAACUGAAAUUAUGACCCAUGAACUCCAGACCUUGCUUCGGGUGGUCAUCAACAGCAAGAUCUCGCUGCCGCCUCAGAUUGUUGCUGGCAUGACUGACAAUUUGUCUCGCAAGACUCCUCCGGCAGACUGGCUGUUCGACCGCAAAUUCGACCACCGUCUGUCUCUUGCCGUCGAGGAGGAGGACGAGUCCGCCGUUUCUACUGCUAGCCUGCUAAAACAGGCUGAUUCUCCCGAGACAGCCACUCAGAUCGUCGUCGACGUGCUGAGUGAAUACCUGGCAAACGAAAUGGCUACAACUGCCGAUGCUAUCGAUAUGGAUCUUCCCUUGUCCGCAUUGGGAGUUGAUUCUCUCAAAGCCACAGCAGUUCAAAAUUGGGUCUCCCGCGAGUUGGGCGCCGAGCUGACCUCCUUCGAGUUCCUUGGUUCUCAGCCCACCAAGGCCCUAGCGAAGAAGAUCGCUGACGCUAGCUCAUUCGUUCCGGCUUCAAACUAG